GCGACCGAUGCCGAUUAACUCAAGCUGGCCCUGGAUAAGCUAUCGUAAUCGGGGAGAUGCAGCGGCUGACUCCAGGCGAGAGGAAGGCAGGCAGAUGAUUGUUCGGUAAGACGUAAAUAUGGGUCCCCGGAAGAGUUGCUACAACUGGUGGUUGUGGGAAGGACUUGAUUGCUUUUCGUCAUGUUUGACUAUACCAUUCCUUCAUCUUCUUUCACUGUGUCUCUCCUGUUACUGUCAAACAACUUUUGAUCGGCAAACAUUCAGAAUACUCUUCUUGAGGUAUGCAGUUGGAGGACCUAUACUGUUGAUGAUGACCAUUGUUCUGUCACCUCUUGCUUUUGUCGGCUAUGUCAUAUGGGUGGCACUAUGCUCCUUCUGUGUCCAGCAGCCCUUUAUUUAUGUGGAUUCUGAUGAACAUCAGUCGUCAGUUGAUACUCAGAAAUGUCCAUCAAGUUUUACCAUAUGCUCAUCAAAUGUAAUUCUCAUUCCCGAGAUUCUUGUGCGAUACAACAAUAAUAGGAAUGUAUACUGGCGGGCACAGGAGAUACCUACAAGGUUCAUGCGCCAUCAGACUCCAUCCCUGAAUGUAAUGAGAAAUUUAUGUGAACCUGUGAAAAGAGAAGACAUUGUCCAGAGCUGGCUUCCAGAUAUUGAUGUGAUCAUGCUUCAGGAGGUAUUUGAAAGAUUGCGAGGGAGACAGCUUUAUAACAAGUUUUCAAAGAAGUAUCCGUAUUGCAUAUACAAUGCAGGGCAACACAGUCUGAAAAAUAAUUUGUGUUUCUUGGGAAGUGGGUUGUUUAUAGCAUCUCGCUUCCCAAUAAUGGAAGCUUCUUUUCAUCCCUUCUCCUACUCAACAAAAUAUGCUAAAUAUGUAGGGUAUGGUGUACUUCUGGCCAAGCUUUACCUGGGAGUGAAGAGCACAAAAGAUGGGUCAUUGAAAGCUGUUGGAUAUGUUGGUAAUACCCACACUCAGGCAUAUCAGGGGAAAGACAGAGUGAUUGUUCACCAACUGGAAGAGGCCAGGAGUUGGUUGAAUGAAUUUGUCAAAGAGACACAUGACCCUCAAAAAGAAGUUCUGAUGUUUGUUGUCUUUGGAGGAGAUAUAAACAGUGAUAAUAUGUCACCAGGAGAUUCAGCAGUUCAAAAUCUCGCGCUGUGGGAAGAAUAUGAAGACCCUUGUAGGGAGUCAGCUGGCCACGAUAAGCCGUGGACAGUUGGCACCGAACAUCGGCAGAAGCUCCUUCACCACCCAUUCAUGCAAUAUCCCGAAACCUUCAGGGAUAUUCUUUUGGAUGAUGUACAGCGCAGAUUCUUCCUAUUGGAUGCUGAUGUAGAGGAACAGACACCAGACCUAAUGAAAUGUGUACCGAAGCCUGAUUCAAAUGGAGUCGUUGGAGCUACUGAGUUUGGGGGACGGCGUCGCGUUGACUGCCUGACAUUACGACGCGACAGCAAGGUUUCUCCAACCAGCAUGUGGUUUAGCUCAUCAUUGGCUGGACUGACUGAUCAUGUUCCUGUAGCUUUCAUGUUGGAGGAAGUGUAACCGAGUAACCUGACAAUAGGUGCUAGAAUAUGUGUAUAGGUGUAGUAAAAAUCACAAUACUGUUUCAGGAAAUAUUUAUUGCAUUUUUUUUAGAUUUGGAUUUGUGCAGAGGAACAAAGUAUGAUUAUUAUGUACGUUUAUGAGUCAUAGAUUGGAUGUGUUUACUGUUUAGAUUUGUUUUUUAUAAAUUCUUUAUAUAUAUAUAUAUAUAUAUAUAUAUAUAUAUAUAUAUAUAUAUAUAUAUAUAUAUAUAUAUAUAUAUUGAUUAAUAACAGUGUCAUUAUUUUUGGUAUGGAAUUCCUGAAAGUUCUCUUGUCAUUUUUUCAGUUACUGAAGUGAAACAAAGGAUAAUUUAGAUUAGACAGUGAAUGACUAACCAGUGGACUUAUUUAUAAUAAUGAAAAACUGAAGUGGUCUCCAGUUCCCUCCUUUGCAAGUGAAGCACUUGGCACUCCCAAUUUGUUAACUGUGAACCACAGCUUUGGACUCUUGUGAAGGGAAGAGAAUGAUCUUAUCUGGAUCUGACCGGGCACGAGCACUAGAUGCAUAUUAAAUGGCAGUUCCAGCACUAGCACCAUGUUAAAUGGGUUUCAGAGUUGGGGGUGAACAAUGACUUCGAUGCUUACUUUUUUAUAAUUUGUUAAAUUGAGAUAUUUCAUUUUAAAGAGAAAAAAGUAAAAUAAAGAAA